UUGACAUCCAUUUACGAUCACUCGAUAUUCGAAGCGUUUUCCAAAGUGGUCCAGAAGUUGAUCCCACAGUUGCCAACACUGGAAAAUCUACUCAAUAUAUUCAUUACGAACUCUGGAAUAGAAAAGGCGUUUCUAUUCGAUGUCGUGUCAAAGAUAUAUAUCGCCACCGAUUACUCGCCGGUAGACAUGCAGUCAUAUGAGUUGUGUUGCGAUAUGAUUGACGUCGUGAUCGAUAUUUCAUGCAUAUACGGUGACUUUAACUAUAGCGUCAAAGAGGACGGAGAGAACAGUACAUUCGAUGGCAGCUCUUCGUCGACCAUAAAACUCAAUUCCGGAACCGUUUUAUAUCUGCGUGAAGUGAAUAAGUUCUUAGCGCUGGUCUGUAUCUUAAGGGAAGACAAUUUCGACAAACAGGGACUCAUUGACUAUAACUUCCAAUGCUUUCGACAAGCGAUCCAAGAAGUGUUUGAAAUCAAGUUUAAUAAACAUAAACCUCAACAACAAAUCGUUAACAACUCUCUCGAUUCCACGCAUAGUAACGGCUAUAGUAGCGAUCAAAUCCAUUGAAAACUCUAGUUUUAUAAAUAUUUUAUUAUUAUUAU